AUGCCCAAGCCCCACUACGCCGCUUCCUCACCUCCGCAUCCGCCGCCGCAGCAGCCGCCGCUCCUCCCGCUCGCGCUCGUCCCGCCGCGGCAGUGCCCGCUUGCCGCGGCCCUGCUGGCGCUGCUCUCGCUGCUGCUCGCCACAGCGCUCUGGCUCCUCCUCGUGCUCCCCCCCUCCCAGGGGGCGCCCCCCACCGCCGCAUCUGAGCACUCGGCGCUGUCGGAUGCGCCCGGCGCGGCCUCGCCUCUCUCGCUCGGCCACAUCGUCUUCGGCAUCGCGGGGUCGGCGCAUCUCUGGCCGCGCCGCCGUGAGUACGUCCGCCUGUGGUGGGACCCCGCCGCGAUGCGCGGCAACGUCUGGCUCGACGCGGGCGCGCCCGCCGCGCCGGGGCCUAGCGCCCCCUGGGAGGGCUCCCUCCCGCCGAUCCGGGUGUCCGAGGACACCUCGCGGUUCAGGUACACCAACCCCACGGGCCACCCGUCGGGGCUCCGGAUCGCACGCAUCGCCGCUGAGGCCGUGCGCCUCGUCGGCGGACGGGCGGGCGCGCGGUGGGUCGUGCUUGUCGACGACGACACCGUGCUGUGCCCCGACAACCUGGUCGCCGUGCUCAGCAAGUACGACUGGAGGGAGAUGGUGUACGUCGGGGCGCCGUCCGAGAGCCACUCCGCCAACACCUACUUCAGCCAUAGCAUGGCUUUCGGAGGUGGCGGCGUCGCGCUCAGCUUCCCACUCGCCGCUGCACUCGCGCAGACGCUCGACGUGUGCAUCGAGAGGUACCCCAAGCUGUAUGGAAGCGACGAUCGCCUCCAUGCCUGCAUUACGGAGCUCGGCGUGCCCCUAUCCCGUGAAUACGGAUUCCACCAGUGGGAUAUCAGAGGCAAUGCUCAUGGGUUAUUGGCAUCUCAUCCAAUUGCUCCUUUCAUCAGUAUCCACCAUGUGGAGCUUGUGGACCCCAUAUACCCUGGAUUGAACUCUCUUGAGAGUCUGGAGCUGUUUACGAAGGCUAUGAAAAUGGAACCCAUGAGCUUCCUGCAGCGUUCAAUUUGUUAUGAUCAAAGCCAAAGGCUUACAUUUGCUAUCUCGUUGGGCUAUGUUGUUGAAGUAUACCCCAAUGUUCUUCUUCCUCGUGAUUUGGAGCGAUCGCAACGUACUUACAUUGCUUAUAAUAGGAUGAGUCAGAGAAAUGAAUUUGAUUUUGACACUAGAGAUGUUCAGAAGUCUUUGUGCAAGAAGCCAAUCUUAUUUUUCUUGAAGGAUGUCUGGAAGGAUGGAAACAUAACUAGGGGAUCUUACGCACGAUCAAGUGCUAGGGAUGACCUCAAAAGAAAGGUGUUUUGCUUCCGGUCACCCCCUUUACCUGACAUAGAUGAGAUCCAAGUUUCUUCAUCUCCAUUAAGCAAGCGCUGGCAUCUGGCACCAAGAAGGUUGUGCAGUGCACUCAAAGGAUCUAUUGAUGGUACUCUUUUUAUGUUUGUUCGGCAAUGUGGACGUGGGACUUUUGGCUCAGCUUCUGAUUCCUUAUGA